CUUUCUCAACUAACACGCGAGCAGUCAUACAUCGAAACAAUUCCGACCUAGCUGUGAGACAGUUCAACCUCCACGGCCCAACACCAACAGCAAGCAUUCACAAUGACACAGUCUGGCCUCAAGGUAACGAUCAUAGGUGGAGGGAUCGCCGGUUCGCUGGCCGCCCGAGUACUGCGCGAGCAGCAUUCUGUGACCGUGCUCGAGCUCUCAACAGACCCCAUCGAAGUGGGAGCAGCGAUCAGCAUUGGACCUAACGGUACUAGGAUCCUAGCGAAGCUCAACUUUGACCCUACGCGGACAGGUUCGGUCCCUGUGGGAAACCUGCGGACUUGGAACAAGGCGGGAGAGAUGGUGAGGGACAUCGAGGUAGACUACGCCCAGGACUACGGUAGCCCCUGGUUGCUCCAGCAUCGGGCAGAUUUGCGUGCAGAGUUCUUGCGACUCGCAACGGCGCGGAGUGAGGAGUUGGGCUUAAAGGGCGUGCCAGCGAUUGUUCGGUAUGGUACAAAGGCAGUCGACAUUGAUGCCGAGACAGGGACAGUGACUCUGGAAGGCGGCGAGAAGGUGGACGCGGACCUUGUCAUCGCCGCCGAUGGUGUAAAAUCCAUCGCCAGAGCAAUGGUCGUUGGCGACGAUGCCUUCAAGAGUGCGCGCCCUUCUGGUUUAUCAGCUUUCCGGUUUACCCUCCCACGAGAAGAGAUUCUCGAGAAGAUACCCGACUUCCGCAUCCUGGAUAAAUCCAAACCGGGAAUGCUAAAGACGGUCUUCUCAUUCGAUCCAUCCCGGCGGUCUGCCGUGCUAUACCCGUGUCGUGAUUUCGAACUGCUCAACUUCGUCUGCAUAGUUCCAGACGAUAUUCUGAAGACUGCAACAACCGAGUCGUGGUCAGCCGCCGGCGAUGUAGAGGAGCUUCUCAGCUGCUUCCAGGAUUUCCCCCCGUGGCUCCUUGACAUUCUGAAGCUUGGGAAGAAUAUCAAGCUCUGGCAGCUUCGAGACCAGGAUCCUCUUCCGACGUAUGUCCGAGGGAAAACAGUACUAAUCGGAGAUGCAGCACACGCGAUGACACCACACCAAGGCCAAGGUGGAUCACAGUCAAUCGAAGAUGCGGAGGGAUUUGAGCUUUUCAACAGACCUGGUGUAUCGCCAGCUGAUGUACCACGCAUUCUGAAGGAGUUUGACUCCGUUAGAAGGCCCAGAGCAAGUCAAAUUCAGGACAAUACUAGACAAUCUGUCAACAAGAAGACUGUGGGAGACAUCUACCGCUUUCAAAGAUAUAAUUGGACAUAUCCUGGAGUUAUCGAAGGCUUGAGAAGAGUUCAAGCAGGAGAGGAAUUGAUACAAUUUUAGACAAAAUCACUGAAUAUCUUGUCAUGAAACGUCACAUUCAGUACUCAGGAGCUGCCUUGCUAAGUUCUGUCGGAACACUUCAAAAUAACAGUCUUU